AUGGAUGACGACAGCCUGGACGAGCCUGUGGACCGAAGCCCAGGGCCAGAUGGACACCCACGACUCAGCCCGACUGCCCUGGCCAGCAGUGCUGAAGAAAGCAGCGACGGUACCAGCGGGGGCUCUGAGGACGACCUGGGCAGUGAGCGCAGCUCCGGCACCGACAGCGAGGACGGGGACCUCGAGGACCAGUCCGGUUCCGAAGAUUCUGAAGGAGGAGGAGGAAGAGAAGCGGGCACAGAGGCAUCAGUGGCCGUGGUGGAUGCUCAGGGGAAGUGGGAAGCCAAUGGCGCAUUUAAUUCUGAUGAUGAUUCCGAGAGCUGCCCGAUUUGUCUCAAUACUUUCAGAGACCAGGCUGUGGGGACACCAGAGAACUGUGCCCAUUAUUUCUGCCUGGAUUGUAUCGUCGAAUGGUCCAAGAAUGCCAAUUCCUGUCCAGUCGAUCGAACUAUAUUUAAGUGUAUUUGUAUCCGAGCCCGGUUUGGUGGUAAAAUCCUGAAGAAGAUUCCAGUGGAGAACGCCAGAGCCAGAGAGGGUGAGGAGGAAGACCCAACCUUUUGUGAGGUGUGCGGCAGGAGUGACCGGGAGGACCGUCUGCUCCUCUGUGAUGGCUGUGAUGCCGGAUACCACAUGGAAUGUCUGGAUCCUCCUCUCGGGGAGGUGCCGGUGGAUGAGUGGUUCUGUCCAGAAUGUGCGGCACCUGGAGCUGCUCCUGCCGCGGAUGCAGGGCCUGUGAGCGAGGAGGAGGUCUCCCUGCUCUUGGCUGAUGUGGUGCCCACCACCAGCCGGCUUCGGCCCCACUCAGGGAGGACCCGCGCCAUUGCCAGGACACGGCAGAGCGAGAGAGUCCGAGCAACCGUGAACCGGAAUCGGAUCUCCACCGCCAGAAGGAUCCAGCAUGUCCCACGGUACCUCAUGUCUUCUCUGCUGGACGAGACCAUUGAGGCCGUUGCUGCUGGUCUGAGCACUGCUGUGUACCAGCACCCCGUGGCGCCCCGAGCCCCUGCCAAGCGCAGGAGGAGAGCAGGAAGACGGAAGAAAGUGUCGGGAAGAAGGAAAACACAGUCCAGGUCGUCUGUGAAGAGCAGGAGCUCCGGGACGAGGUCUAAGAAACGCCAGGGUCGUGUGAAGAAGAGAAAAGGGAAAAAGUCAAAGAAUGAAGCCACAGCCCGCUCCCGCAUCGCACGGACCCUGGGCCUCCGGGGUCCGGCCCACGGAGCCUGCAUCCCGUCUGUGCACAAGCCAGCAGACCCCUCUCUGGGGCUGAUGCGUGCGGACAUCGGAGUGGCCUCUCUGUCUCUCUUUGGAGACCCCUAUGAGCUGGACCCCUUUGACAGUGAAGAGCAGUCUGCAAACCCUGCUUCCCCUUUGAGUGCCAAGAGGAGGGUUCUGUCGCAGUCAGCACUGCGUUCUCACCGGCCUGUGGCCAGGCCCGUGGCCAUGGGGCUCUCCAGGAGGAGCGUUCCUACUACAGCGCCUGAACCAGAAGUGGACGAGGCCCCCGUCCCAGACCUGGUGGGGAGCAUCCUGUCGGGCCAGAGCCUCCUGAUGAUGAAUGGCGCAGACAUCAUCAUCCACCGGGAUGGCUCCCUCAGUGCCAAGAGGGCAGCACCUGUUUCUUUCCCACGGAGCACCGGCCGGAGCACAGGUGGCUCGUCCCAAGGAGGGAAGCACCCUGGGCCUGGAGCGCCUCAGUCAGGAAGCAGGUUUCAGAGCGCAGGGCUGAGCUGUCCUGGCGCGGUGGCGCCCUCCCGUGUCCCCGCACUCAGGACAGGGGCGACUGUGAGACUGGACUCGUCGGUGACCCCUCCUUCCGGUCAGACUCAGAACCUGACAGGUGUGCGUGGACCUGGCUUAAAGCAAAGGGACAACCCCCGACGUGAUGGCGACAACCGGCACACUCUGCCCCCCAACUCUGCGUCCUUGAAGACCUCCAGUAGCUGCUCUCACUUGCCAUCUGGUGGUGCACUGCUGGGCCAGGCCCUGAAGCCAGUUCCCAGGAGGCCCGACAUCUCUGAGCUGCCGAGGAUACCAAAGGUCAGAAGGGAGGACAGCGGCGGCCGACAGGUGGAUGUGGCCCCCCCCAGCGAGCAGCAUGUUGAGAUUCCUAGCUCCUGCAUCAGCCGGCUCACGGGCAGGGAGGGCCCCGGGCAGCCCGGCCAUGGUGCCCGAGCAGAGGGCGAGCCCAGCAGCAGGGGCCCGCAAGAGCCUGGCCCGCACUCAGGGGGCGGCUCCCAGUCCCCCGCCUCGCUGGGACCCUCGAAGGGGAAGGGUGUCAGCUCGACCUUUGAGAGCUUCAGGAUCAAUAUUCCCGGGAACACAGCACAUUCUGGCAGACUCUCCAACCCUGGCUUUUGUAACACAUUUCGGCCUGUCGACAAUAAGGUGCAAAGGAAAGAGAACCCCUCACCCCUGUUCUCCAUCAGGAAGACCAAACAACUCAAGAGUGAGAUCUACGACCCCUUUGACCCCACGGGCUCUGACUCCAGUUCUGCUGGCAGCAGCCCCGAGCGCCUGGGCUCUGGCCUCCUGCCCUCUGAGAUCACGCGCACCAUCUCCAUCAACAGCCCGAAGGCCCCAGCGUUGCAGACUGUGCGCUGUGUCACCUCCUACACAGUGGAGACUGUCUUUGGGACGGAGCCCGAGCCCCCCCCUCGGGGGCCUUCCUCCAGCGGGCUCGAGCUCCGGGGCGAGGGGGCUGCUGAGGGGGCCUCCGACCUGGAGUGCGAGCGGCUGGGCAAGGGGGCUGCCGAGGGCCAGGGCUCAGCCUCCCGGGCACAGAGGCCACCCCCGCCGGAGCAGUGGGAAGACAAGGACCAGCUGCCCUGCAGUACCUUCUUUGGCUCCGAGGAGCGGACGGUGACCUGUGUGACUGUAGCCGAACCAGAGACCCCGCCCAGCCCGGACGCACCGCAGACGACCACCCACAGGAUUGUGGAGCUGAGGUCCCCUUCCUGCUCCCGCUCCACAUCCAGCUCCCGUGGCAGGAAGAAAGCCAAGAGGAAGCGGGCCACUGCCAGGGAGCACAGGAGGACCCGCUCGGGCUCCCGCUCAGGUUCCCGCUCCGGGGACAGGAGCUCGCCAUCGGUGUCGCCACCGCUGGGUGAGGACCACCCCAAGAGGCAGCAGACCAAGUCCCGGGGCCGGAGGUCUUCCAGCGACCACUCCAGCGGCCACGAGCGAGCCAAGCGGAAGAAGGCGAAGGACGAGGGCAGGAGGAGGGAGAGGGAGUCCUGGGGCCAUGGCCGGCGGAGGUCCAGGUCCCGCUCAGGCAGCCCCAGCAGCUCCUCCCACGAACACAGGGAGAGCAGGAGGAGGAAGCGGAGGCGGGCAGGGUCCAGGUCUCGGGGGAGGGAGUGCUCACCCCCCAGCAGCCUGGAGAGAGCCCGGAGGCACCGGCACCCACGGGAGAGGAGCCCACGGGAGAGGAGCCGGGAGCGGCCGCGAACCAGGUGGGGCUCCCAUGAGAGGAGGAAGCGUAGGUCCAGGUCACCAAGGUCGCCAAGCACAGAGCAUAGGUCCCGGGAGCACCAGCGCCCUCGUUCCCAUGAGAAGCGGCCAAGGCCUCGCUCCCCAGAGAGGAAGUUGGCACCCGCUCCCGCGGAAGGGCAGAAGCCCGACAGGGAGCAACCAGCCAGGCCACCGGCCUCAGUGGGAGCAGACGCCUGCCCAGCAGGGGCUGAAGCCCACAAGACCGUUCCAGAGGUACUGGCUGAGUGUCCGCCUGAGGACCUGGAUUACGGUGACUCUGUCGAGGCAGGGCACAUCUUUGAGGAUUUUUCAAGCGAAGCCUUCUUCAUGCAGCUGGAUGACAUGAGUUCCCCACCCUCCCCAGAGAGCACAGACUCCUCCCCAGAGCGGCACUUCCCACCCACUCCUUCCGUGCCCCCGGCCAGCCAGCAGCAGGACACCAGCCUGGCCAUGGCUGUCAUCAGACGGGAGGUGUCGCUGAUCCAUGGCGAAGACGCUGCACAGCCCCCGCCCCGGGCACAGAGCCCCGAAGAGAAGCCCCUGCUCCAGCAGGACGCUGCUGGGGCUGCCGUGGUGCCCAGCACCCUGGGAAGCCAGGCUGUGGGCGGGGUGCCCGUGGGGAAGGAGGAAGGCCCCUCUCAGACCCCGUUGCUGCGGGCUAAAGCCCUGGUGAAGAGAGUCACCUGGAACCUCCAGGAGGCCGAGAGCGGUGCCCCUGCUGAGGAGCGAGGCCUGCGGACGCCGCUCCACAGGCCCCAGAAGCCCCGGGAAGGGGUCUGGGAAACAGAAGACAUGGGCCCCUCGGUGGGGUUCCAGCAGGCAUCCUUCUCUGAGCCCCCUCCCCCUGGAUACACACUUCCAGAGUCUGGCUUCCCUGAUGCUGAGCCCUCUCAGGUUUAUACCCCCAACCUACCCCCUGCCCCAGCUCUGCCCGUGAGCCUCCCGCCGUACACACCAGCCAGCCAGCCCACGGUCCAGUUUAUCCUGCAGGGGAGCCUUCCCGUGGCGAGCUGCGGGGUCGCACAGAGCCCAGCCCCAGUGCCCACGGCCCUGACCACAGCCUCCGAGCCAGCCGGCUAUGCCACCGGCACCAGCAACUCCGAGGAGAGGUCAACGGCUCCCAGGCCUGCCGCAGAGAAGGCCAAGAAUGAGGAGUACAUGAAGAAGCUGCACAUGCAGGAGCGGGCGGUGGAGGAGGUGAAGCUGGCCAUCAAGCCCUUCUAUCAGAAGAGGGAGGUGACCAAGGAGGAGUACAAGGAUAUCCUUCGCAAGGCCGUGCAGAAGAUAUGCCACAGCAAGAGCGGGGAGAUCAACCCUGUGAAGGUGGGCAACCUGGUCAAGGCCUAUGUGGACAAGUACAGACACAUGCGCCGGCACCGGAGGCCGGAGGCCGGAGAAGAGGCACCCGCCCAGGGCACUGAGAGCUGAGGCUGGGCACGGAGCCGGCGGCGCUAGCCCCCGUCCCUGAGAGAUUCUGUUGGGAGUGGCAGAAGCAGAAAUCUCUGAAGACACCCAGCCAGCAUUCCUGUAUUCAGGGUUCCCGUGAUCACAUGUGGUCUGUGCACCUGUCCUCACAGUUUAAAACUGGACUUUUUUAUAUGUAUAUUAUAGAUACACACUGUUUCCAUUGUGUUCUAAUUUAUCAAAAAUGGAUUAUCUUUAGAAACUU